AUAACGGUGUAAAUUUCAUGUGUUCGUUCAAAAAGAAAACGGUUUACUGAAGUUUAAAUUAAUGUGACAAAGUUCUUUUCAAAGACAAAGAAAAAGGAAAAGUAAACAUGGCGCACCUUCAACUCAUUCUUGAUCGACUUAUUUCUGAAAAUCUUCACGGUCCUAUAUCCGCCACUCCUAAUAGUGCAGUUACUUCUCAUCAGCGAAUGUUUCGAAGUCCUGGAUCACAACCUGAAUUGUUUAGCGACCAGGACCUGGAUGCAGGAGAUCCAAGAUGGCCAAACCUUUUUGAAGAAUUUUUUCUCGUGAAUAGUGAUACUAAAAACGAUGAUUUGUUAUUUUUUGUAAGACAAACACAUUCAGAAAAUGAAAAUCUUGAUCCUGUAUUUGUUAAAAGAAAAACUACUCCAAAUAGCUUGCCACCUUUAGAUGAUGCAGUGUUAUGGAAAGAAACAUUUUUUCUGAAUUUAAUCGUUCAGUUACCUUGUAAAUUAACAGUUGCGGUUUGUACGAGAACACCAAAUGAUAAUUCAAAUGGACCAAACCAGAAGACAAGUAUGACAUGCUCAAAGAAGCAUGUUUCAAAACGUGUUUAUGCUCUUCCGACUAAAUCUAGAAUGGAUGUUAAAGAAACAUCAAUGGAGUGCUCUUAUCCCCUUAUUUAUUAUGUAAUUGAUGAUUAUGAGGAUAUGUUUGAACAUUUAAUUGUUACAGAUGGAGAAUAUUUAUGUGUAGAAUUAGCAGUGACGAUACCAAAUAAAUCAGAUGAUGAUGAUGACCUUAGCGAUAGAGACAAUGAUAGCGAUGAUGAUUAUUAUGGUACUUCCACUAACAUUAGCAGAAGUAGUAACAGAUUCCGAAGGUCAAUGACGAAUGGGCCUUUUCCACAGCCAUCAAACGAUUCAAAAAUUACUUUAUUUCAAGGUGCUGCUUCUUAUUCUAAUUUAUUAGAAAUUUAUAAGCAAAAAGCCGCUAAUAAAUUGAACAAGAGAUUUAAGAUGGGACCCGUAACGCCGCCAACUGAAUAUAUUAUGAUGCGAGGACCAGGCGGAAAAGGACAUGCACAGGUUGCGAUCACUGCAUCUUCUUUAGAUGAAGCAAAUGAGGACAAUUUCUUAGAUAUAACAACAAGUGAAUCAAACUUUGUUUCUUCGAUUAAUGCGAACUCAGACAUAGAACCAUGGAAUUUUAAUAGCGGAAAUAGUAGUAAUACACUUACUAUUAAUAAUGGAAAAACUACUAUUCGUAAUCCUCAAAGGUCAACUUCAUCUAAUUCGUUUUUUCAAUCUUUGAAAAGACUAUCACAAUCUAUAACAGAUAAGUCAUCAUCUGACCCUGAAAGUUUGAAAUGCUGUAUGACAUUUGUUAAUGUUCCUUGGACAAGUAUUAUCACGGACCUUAUAACGUAUGCAAGAAAAAAACAACAAUCAUAAUUUAUCCAAUUUAUCCAAAUCAUUUUUGUUUAUUAUAUACACAGUGUAAAAAAUCAUGCUGUGCCACAUGAUUAGCGCAGAUUUUAGAUGGCGUAUAUUUAAUACUUUGUAUAAAAUUUAAUUAUUUAUAAUGAAUCCGUUGGCGAAUACAGUUCAUCUAUCAUUAUAAUUCCAUUUACCUUUUCUCUCUUGUUUAUUUACCCACAUUCCUAUUUUGUCAAAUUUUCAAUAUAAAGUUAAUAUCUACCUCAUAUUAAUAAAUCUGAAAUAAUCCAACUAAACUAUCCUUUAAAGUAUAUACAGCCAUAAUUAUUUUGUUUAAGAUGCCAUAUUUGAACUAAAAUGGCUCACUUUUUCAGGAAUAAAAGGAUUC